AUGGCUCGUUUCCCCCUUGUCCUCUAUCUGGCCUGUCUGGCCGCUCUAUUCUCUACCAUCGCCGCACAAGCAUGCAACACCACAGGCACAUACGACAGCUGUUGCAAGAAUCCAUCCUCUGACAAGAAAAGCAUUACUUUUCAAGGCAGGGAAUUCCGAGUUCACUGCGACUCCGUCAUUGUCCAGGACCGAAGUUGGCAGAAAACGCCCGCAGACUGCGCCAAAGCAUGCAGCCUCGACCCGAACUGUGUUGACGCGCACUGGCAACCGCCAACAGUGGCUGGCAGAUUUGGCCGCUGUGAGCCCAGGUUGAUACAAAGUGAAUCCCAGAGCGUAGCCCUGGUUUGGAUCGACCCUACGGACCGGGCGGCCUGUGGGAAAGACCUUGACAAAUGUAAAAAGGAUCUUGGCAACUGCAAGUCGGUUGACCCGAAUUGUCCUGGAAAUCUUGAGAAAUGUCAGAAAGAUCUCAAAGAUUGCAAGCCGGGUGAUCCAAAAUGUCCUGGCAAUCUUGAAAAGUGUCAGAAAGAUCUUAAAGAUUGCAUCCCAGGAGACCCGAAAUGCCCGGGGAAGCUUACUCAGUGCGAGAACGAACUUAAGACAUGCAAGCCUUGCCCAGGAAAGCUCACUCAAUGCGAGGACGAUCUCAGCAAAUGCAAACCAUGCCCCGGGAAACUUACCCAAUGCGAGGACGACCUCAAUAAAUGCAAACCAUGCCCAGGAAAGCUUACUCAAUGCGAGGACGACCUCAAGAAGGUCAAACCGUGCCCUGGGAAUCUGAAAAAGUGCAAGGGCGACAAGGACAAGUGCAUGAAAGAGCUGGCCAAGUGCAAGAGGAAGCCACCGCCAGGAAAAAAGGUAGAUCCCACCAAGAAGACAAUCCCCAAGAAGAAGACGACCCCCAAGAAAAAGACAGUCCCCAAGAAAAAGACAACCCCCAGAAAGAAGACAACUCCAAGAAAGAAAACUUCCCCCAGGAAGAAGGCAGUCCCCAGAAAGAAGACAGCCCCUAGAAAGAAAACAGUCCCUAGAAAGAAGACGAUUCCCAAGAAGCAGACACCUCACAAGAAGAGGGCAGUCCCAAAGAAGACACCUCACGCGAAGAAGGCAAUCCCCAAGAAGACACCUCACAAGAGAAGAAACUAA